AUGCGAUGGCCGCCAUGGGGUUCCGAAUCGCAACAAGCCGACACCCCCAGCCCAAGUACUGAGCAACAAGCACAACAACCGCCAACAGCCCCCGCCGCGCGCCCAUCGCGCCCAAACAAAGACUGGAACCAGUCCGUCAACGCCUUCGACUGGGCCGCGUUCACGGAACUCCGCACCAUCAUCCCAACCGCCAUCCUCACCACCGCCAUCCUGGGCAUCGUCCACAUCCACCGCCGGUACCUGCGCCGCUUCCCGGACGCCGUGAGCAUCGCGCCGUCGUAUUUCCGCCAGCGCAGCAUCCUCGGCCAGGUCACCAGCGUCGGCGACGGCGACAACUUUCGCCUGUUCCAUACGCCCGGCGGCCGGCUGGCCGGGUGGGGCUGGCUGCCGUGGAAGAAGGUGCCGACGUCGAAGAAGGAGUUGAGGGAUAAAACCGUGCAUGUUCGGCUGGCGGGGAUCGACGCCCCGGAGCUGGCGCAUUUCGGGCGGCCGGCGCAGCCGUUCGCCCGCGAGGCGCACCAGUGGCUGACGGCGUAUCUGAUGACGCGCCGGGUGCGCGCGUAUGUCCAUCGCCAGGACCAGUACCAGCGGGUCGUGGCGUCGGUGUAUGUGCGCCGGGCGCUGGAUUUCCCGCCGUUCCGCCGGCGCGACGUGUCGUAUGAGAUGUUGCGGCGCGGGCUGGCGACGGUGUACGAGGCCAAGGCUGGGGCGGAGUUUGGGGGGCCCGGCAUGGAGCGCAAGUACCGGCGAGCGGAAUGGUGGGCGAAGUUCCGAGGGCUUGGGUUGUGGAAAGGGUUUCGGCGGAAUAAGGAGUGGGAGAGUCCUAGGGAGUUUAAGACUCGGAUGGGGUUGGAAGAUCAGACGCAGGGGAGGGAGAAUAAGAGUUAG